AUGGUCGCCUCCGUUCUCCGCCGUUUUAUUCCCGCGCGAGUCGCGAACACAGGCUCCCAACAGCGCGACCACCAUGCCAACGAGCGUACCUUUCUCUCGUGGACGCGCGCCGGCCUCGGCUUCGCAGCUAUGGCACUGGCCUUGGAUCGACUAGAGGCUAUUGACCGGGUCCUCUGCUCUAAAUUUAAUCUGGGGCCUCUUGCUUCCUCUAUCCCGGCGCAACUGGAAGAGAUGGCUGCGAACCAGAGAAACCAGGGCCAGGGCCAGGUUCAAAAUCAAAGUCAGAAUCAAAAUCAAAGUUCAGAGGCUCGCUCUGCGGCUUCUCAAACAGGGCAACAUAUGUCCAGUCAUCUUAUGGGUGGCGUUUCGCCGGCGAGACUAUGCCAGGUACUUGGUGUGUGGUCGCUGGGCUAUGGGUUCUUUCGAUACUGGUCCAUGAGACGGUAUCUUCUCGUGGGAAAAUUUGUUCCGGCCUUUUGGGGACCGGUAUUUAUGACAUGUGGAAGCUUUGGCGCGUUCAUGGCUUUGGGUUUGCAGGUAGAUCGGAAGGCGUUCCUUGUGAAUAUUUGA